GGGAGUGGGACGAUAAGUCUUUUGAAGACAUCAGCUCACUGUGCUGAGAGAGGGACCAAACUCAAGGAAACCUCUGAUCUAUAAAUUCAACUGCUGCAUUUUUUUAUAAAUACAUGUAAAUGUCCUGUUGUAAUAUUUGAUCUUGGAAAUAAAAGCAAAAACUUUUCAGUAUAGUUCUUUUGUUACUGUUUUUGUGAGGUGAGACUCUCUGGAUACUACUUUUAUUAAUACAGUUCAGGUUUCAGAAGUUUGCUCUCAUACCUCAUGUUUAGGGCGCUUGUAUUUAUUGACAAAAGUUAGUUCAUAGUCCCAUUGUCAAGAGUAAUGUCUCUUAGCUUCUCUGCUUCUAGUAGUAUGUUGAACAUUUAAGGUAAGCACUCUAUAAAUAUUGAAUUGUCAUGAAAUCAUUUGGUUAGCUACCGUUGUUAGGGAAGUAGGAUUCUGUAUUUGACAUAUUUGGGCAAUUCAAGCAUCUAGUCUUUCAGACCAGCAAUAAUGACUAAUGACUCAGCUUAAACAAGUGAAGGAGGAAAACAUUACUCAAUUAAUGGGAGAAAAGCCAGGAGAUAUUAUUAUAUUGGAUAGUAGAAAUUGGGACCACUGCCUAGGUCACAGUAACCCCAGAGAUAAGUUUGUGCUUCUCUUUCUCUUGUGGAACUAUUUCAUUCCUCAUGCUUUAGCAACAUAUACUGAUGGGACCUACCAUCUUUAAAGAUCUUGUCUCGCUGGCCUGUGGACUCGCCAAAGAGUGGGCAUCCUACUUAAUCUGGGCCAAUAGGGUUCCUUUCCCAUUUCUCCAGCCACAGGCAGCCUAUCCUUAGCUGUAAUUAGCCUGUGUUCCAAAUAGUAGAGAUACAGUGAUGAGCAAAACAGACACAGCCCCUGCCCCCAAGAAACUUUCUAUUUCGUUGGGAAUAUAGACAAUAACCAUGAAGAAAUACAGAUUUGAUUCAAAUACUGUGGGAAAAAACUAGAAAAGGAACAGGUAGAGAAUUCUGCUUUACAUAAGAUGAUGAGUUAACAUUUAGGCCAAGAUCUGAAGGAUCAAAAGAAGGCCCACACUAAGACUAGGAAGAAACUUCCAAGCAGAACAACAAGUGCAGAGACUGGUGCAGGAAAGUUUUUGAUGUAUUUGAGGUAUUGACACAAAUCCAGUGUGUCUGGCAUGUAGUGAACAAAAGGAGUGGCAUAAAAUGAGUAAGUCAGAUCAUGCAAAGCCUCAUGAAGCCCUGAUAAGGAGCUCAAAUAGUGUUCCAAGUGUAUGAAAGUCAUUAUUACAUAGAGUGUAUUAAAAGAGCAACAAUAGAGACUAUUGCAAUGAUUGAGGUAGUAAAUGGUGGUUUGCCUGGACCAGAAUACUGGCAAUGGAACUUAGAAGUAGUGAUAGAUUAGAGAUACAUUUUUUUUUAUUAAGAUAUGAUUGAUAUACACUCUUCUGAAGGUUUCACAUGGAAAAACAAUGUGGUUACUACAUUCACCCACAUUAUCAAGUCCCCACCCAUACCCCAAUGCAGUUACUGUCCAUCAGUGCAGGAAGUUACCAGAGAUAGAGAUAUAUUUUUAAGGUAGAAAUUCAGAGACUAUUGGAUUAGAUGUGGGGGAACAAAGGAAAGAGAAAUAAAGAAUGACUAAAGUUUCUGGAAGUGGGUAGGUAACCAUGUCAUUACUGAGGUGGGAAGACUGGUGGAAUAAGCAAGCUUGGUGGGGAAGAAAUAAUUUGGGAUGUUUUGUGAUACUUAAGGGCAGGUAUAGUAUAGGAAGCUGGACAUAGGAGUCUGGAGCUUAGAGGAGACAUGGACUGGACUAGGAGAUUGGAGAAAUCAUCAGCAUUAUAGAUGGAGUUUGGUCCCAUGGGAAGAAUUGAGAUCACCUAGAGAGCAAGUUAAGAGAGGCCCAGAACCCACCAACAUACUGAGGCCAGUCAAGGAGGUAUAGGCAGGGAGGGAGGAGAAACACCAGAGUGAGGUGUCACGGGAACCAAGAGGAGAAUGUUCAAGAAGGAUCUAGUGGCUAGCUACAUCUAAUUCUACCUAGGGACCAGGUAAAAAGGACAGCAAAGGGUUCAAUAGAUACAAGAAGUAUUUGGGAGACGGAAAGAGUUUCAGUGUGAUGUUGAAGAUGGAAGGCUAAUUGGAGUGGGUUGAAGUUUGUAAUGUUUUUAUACUAAUGAAGAAAAAAAAAAGUUCCCAGUGGACUGGUAUAAAUAGCAACUCUUUCAACAUCUCCUAUCUUCCUUUCUUUAUCACCCUCCAAUUAAGGGAAUGUUCUCUAAAUUAGUCAGCUACUGGUUGAGGUUGGAACCCUCCCACAAGGAAGCUGAUUAGUCUGUCUCUUUUGAGGGAAGACUUGCGUGAUUGUCAUCAUCUUUUCCCUUUCCCUUCCUCCAGUGAAUUCUAUUUUCUCAACUUCCUCUAUCCCUUGCUCAAAUCUCACAUCCUGACCCCACAAUAUCCCCGAGAAUGGAACAUGUGUCUAUCCUGUUCUCCCAAGCCUUUCAACCUCAGGAAGCCUUGUAUGGCAUUAGACAAAUUAUUUUUCCACCCAGGCCCCAUUCUUAAUUUGUGCCCUCCCUAGACUUCCCUUUGCUUCUCCAUAAAAAUAAUCACCAACGUAGUGAUAAGCUACUACCUGUGCCUCCAAUAGAGACAAAUUCUAAGAUUUCUAACACAUAUGUAAAAAGGUAACACUUCAGUCCUUUCAUGGCAGUGACCAGGCCUCUUACCAUAAACAGCUUACUUGCCACAGGCAAGUGAUGAACUUGACCUAAAGCUGGCCUUACUUAGUAAAACUUUAUUACAAACGUAUAGUUCCUAAAAGAAGUGUUCGUAAGAUUAAUCACUGAAUUGUUACACAUCUACCUUAAGGAACAAUGACUGACAGCUGCCAUCACCAGCUCCAACUACGUUUGGCACUUCAAGGCAUUAAAGCAAAUUCCAGCACUUUUCUCUGCUGCACAAGCACCAUUUUAAUGAUAUUCAUAUGACAGUGUCUGGUGUUACAUAAGCCAAUGGGUUGGGAACAGAGAUAACCUAAAAAUCUGAGUGAUAAUCUGGCAGUCAGCCAUCAGAUCAUUCUAAUUGCCUAAUUACAAGAUGUUUUAACACACCACAUAUAAACUCCGUUUUACUAAGCUGAGAUCCAAAACCAGAAGGAGAGGACUAUCCACUGCAGGCAUCUUGCAUCUUAUUUAAUUCUCAAAAUAUACUUGUGAGAUAGGCAUUAUUUUAUAAAUGAAGAACUGAGGCCCAGAUCAUUACUGAGGCUCUGUGAACUACCCAAGCUCACGUAGCAGCUAAUAGGUUUUCACAGCAGAAAUUGAGACCUAGAUCUCUAAGCAGCCAAAGCACCACAGUACUGCCUCCAAGAAGAAAUAUCUUAAGUUACGUGGAAUCUGGGUAGGAAAAAAAAUUUGCAGCAUCAGUGUGUGAGAGUAUGUACAGUGUGGAGUCAGAUGACAUGGGAUCAUACCCCCACCUUACUGUUCCUCCUCUGGGUGAUAAUCUCUGCUGAACAAAGCUAGCCUAACAUUUAUUUUACUUGCAUUAGGUCUGUUGUAAAAGGAUCUAAUGAGAUAGUUGGCAAGUGUGUUUUAUAAGGUGAAUUAAUGUUUUUUCUUAUUAUAAAGCUUUGUGAAUCCUUAACCUAGAAUCAUCUAUCAAAAUCCAAUUCUCUGGGAAGACACAAAUUCAUUUAGGCUCUAAAUGAUUCCCUUUUACAAUGACAAUGAAAACUGGAACCUACUUAAUGAACUUCCCAGUAGCUGUUUCCCAGCUUUUGCUUCAGGCACAUACACAUCUGCAUACAUAGAAAUUUCAUCCAUUGAAAGCAGCUCAUAUACAGUUUAAAAGAUUGUAAUAGCCAGUUAUAAUUAUCCCUUCUCAUAUAUAUGCAUCAAGGGUUUUCUCAGUGUUGUUUUCAUCAUUAGAAGUAAAAUGUGCACAGAGUUUGCUACUAUGUGUGUUAACUUCAUCCAGUGCCUGGGUUAAUUCAUUAAAUGAUUCCUGGACUCCUAUCAUAUUCCAGGCUCUGUGCUAGGUUUUGGGUAUACAGAGCAGAAUAAGACAGCCUCUGCCCUCAAGGAUCUCACAGUUGUGGGGGAAGAGGCAUAUAAAUAUAGGAGUAAGUCAAAAUGCAGUUGGAAGUGGGCAAAGAUAUUUUAAAUAGGACACAAAAAGCAGUGACCAUAAAGGAAAAAACUGAUAAAUGGGAUUUAAUUAAAAUGAAGAACUUGUCUUCAUUUUGCAAAAGAUGUCAUUAACAGAGUAAAAAGGCAAACCACAGAUAGGACAAAACAUUCAAAACAUGUAUCUGACAAAAGUCUCAUACCUGAAAUUAUAAAGAAACCUACACACCAGUAAGAAAAAGACAGAACCAGUAAAAACUGGGCAAACAACUUGAGCAGGCACUUCUCCAGAAAGGAUUUCCAAAUGGCCAAUAAGUGUAUGGAAAGGUGUUUACUCACCAAGAAAAUACAAAUCACAACCACAAUGAGAUCCUACUCAACACCGACUGGAAUGCCUAAAAUAAAAAUGCUGGUGAUAAUGUGAAGCAACUGAGAUCCACAUACUGUUGGUGGGAGUAUAAAUUGAUAGGACCACUUUGAGUGACUAUGUGACAAUAAGCAGCAGUCCCACUCCUUAUAUUCCCUAGAAAAAUCAGUGCAUAGGUCCCCCAAAAGACAUUGUGUAAGGGUGUUCAUAGCAGCAGCAUUUAUAAUGGGCAAAAAAUUGAAAAUAAUCUAAAUGUCUAUCAAUAGUAGAAUAAGUUGUAAUAUAGUCAAACAAGGGCAUAACAGCCUUAAAAAAUGCAUUACAUGGUGGAUGAAUCUUGCAAGUAUAAUAUUGAGUGAAGAAAGCAAGACAUAAAAAUGUGCACACUGUAUGAUCUAAUUACAUAAAAUUCCAUUUACACGAUAAGAUCCAUUUAUACAAAUUACAUAAAAAGAACAGCCAAAAGCUAAAAGGCCCAAAUUCUGCAGUGAGUGAAACAGAUACGGGCAGCUUAGAAAAAGGGAAAAAAUGUGGCUGCUCAGGAAAGAAGAGGGGAGAAGGUAUUUCUCAUGGGCAGUCCUCUGACUCAUGAAGACAUUUUAGCUCACGAGGCCUUGCCUCCUAGUUCCUUCCUUAGGGUCACAUGAAAAUGAGCAGAGGUUGGGUCAUCAGGAGAGGGCUCUCCAGGAAGAGGAAAGCUCCUUCAAUGGAGGCUCAUGGGCAGUGGGUGGGGGCACGCGCAGCCUCGCCUGGGUGACCUCUACGUAUAUACAGACCCUCCCUGGGCUCUCAGAGUCCUGAGCGGGGAGCCUCAGGUCCAGCCCUGCUGGAGUCUCAGCUGAGGCUGCAGGAGCACAGGCCCACUGAAGACGAGCCCUUCCCCAGCUCCUUUCUCUCCCAUCCUGACUCUUACACCAGAUUCAGGACACUGCCCACUGUCCCUCCCUGUGUGAUGGCAUGCUCACGUACCUGCUCCCGCAUCCUGGGGCUAAGCCUGGGGACUACAGCCCUGUGUGCUGCUGGGACCAACAUGAUGCUCCUCUUUCCUAACUGGGAUGUGACCUACCUAUUGAGGGGCCUCAUUGGCAGGCAUGCCAUGCUGGGCUCUGGGCUCUGGGGAGGAGGCCUCAUGGUAUUCACUGCAGGUCUCCUCAUCUCCUUGAUGGGCUGGAGAUAUGGCUGCUUCAGUAAGAGUGGGCCCUGCCGAAGCAUGCUUACUGCUCUGUUGUCAAGUGGCCUGGCUUUGCUUGGAGCCUUGAUUUGCUUUAUCACUUCUGGAGUAGCCCUGAAAGAUGGUCCUUUUUGCAUGUUCGAUGUUGCAUCCUUCAAUCAGACUCAAGCUUGGAAACAUGGGUACCCAUUCAAAGACCUUCCUAACAGGAAUUAUUUGCAUGAUCAUUCACUCUGGAACUCUGUCUGCCUGGAGCCUUCUAAAGCUGUUGUUUGGCAUGUGUCCUUCUUCACUGGCCUUCUGUGCAUCAGCCUCCUCCAGAUUCUCCUGGUGGUCAUCUCUUUCAUCAACACCUUCCUGGGCCUUUUCUGCAGCCUCUGUGAGAAGUGAGAGAUAAUGCCCUUUCAUGCACAGGAGUUUGCAUCAGCAGCUGCUUCAAAUCCUUUCUGCAAGCAGUGCAGUGGGUAUGGAUUAUAAACCAACUUCCCCUUUAGGUAUUCCUUCAGCAAUAAUAACAAUAAUGAUUUCUUGCACAUAUGUUGAAUGAUAGACAUUUAAAAUCACAUUGUGAACUGCAAGAUGAUAUACUUGUAAGAUAAAGGAAUAAUUAAGGCAUUAUUAUCAUGUAGGAACUUAUAGUCCAUAAAAUGCCCUCCAGCCAUGAUCUCAUUUCAGCUUCUCAACACCCCAUGUACUGGCCACAUGUUACAGAUGGAGAAGCUGAGGCUCCUGCAGGAUAAGGGCUUGCUGCCCAAAGGCUCUCAGCUAGGUUAAAAUUAGUCCAUGAGCCCCUGUCUCCUAAAUCCAAGUUCAUCAAUUGUUACAGACUAAUCGUGUGCCUCCAGAACUCAUAGGAUGAAGCCCUGACCCCCAAUGUGACUUUAUUUGGAGAUAGAGUCUUUAAGAAGCUAAUCAAGGUUAAAUGAGGUCACAUGGGUAGGACUCUUAUAAGAAGAGGAUGAGAUUUCUCUCUCUACAUGAGCAUAAAGGACAAGGGCAUGUGAGGACACGGCCAGAAGGUGGCCAGCCAUGUUUGAGAGAGGCCUCAGUAGAAAGCAAUCUUAUUGGCAUCUUGUCUUGGACUUUCAGCCUCCAGAAAAUAAAUUUGUUGCCAUCCUAU